AUGAAAGAAAGUGUGUCUGCAUUUGAACAUUUACUUUCCAACAUGUUGACACCCACUCAACAACCUCAUGUGUAUUUAAUAUUUACAAAAUUGGACCUGUUUGAAAUCAAGAUUAAGAAUGGAUCUCGUUUAGCAGAUACAUUUGAUGAAUAUAAAGGACCUGAGAAAGAUCCUUUGGCAGCGAUUGAUUUCAUUACUGAAAUGUAUUUAGAAAAAGAUGUUCUCAAGAGAGUGAAAGAUGUGUUUUAUUUGAAUGCUUUGGACUCGAUCAGUGUACGACAAACAAUCCAACCAAUUUUAAAACGUAUUAUUAAAAAGAAAUAA